AUGCCACACUUAAAAUGGCCGCUUUUGAUGGACGCCUAUAGUCGACUUUGAUAUUGCCUGAUGGUCCUGAGAAUAAUAACAAACCAACGCUACUCUCCAUUCCACCGCCUUCAUGGAUAAACGUUGUUUGUCUACUUCCCCGACGUUUUAGACCAAAUCUGGAUGUAAUUUUAAACCUAUUAUACGACCAGCUGGGCAAAUUCACCUGGAUUCCGAAUAACGUUACAAGCUUUCAUAAUCAAACCGUCGAAAUUCAAACGCUAGGUUGGGUCGUGAGUUUUGGAUUCGCUGGAAAGGCAUUUUAAACAUUUAUUUAAGGGUGGCGCUGUUGAGUCAUGUCUGGAAUUGCUUUUAGUAGACUGUCACAGGAGCGCAAAGCCUGGAGGAAAGAUCAUCCUUUUGGUUUUGUGGCAGUACCAACCAAAAACCCAGAUGGCACCAUGAAUCUCAUGAAUUGGGAAUGUGCAAUACCAGGAAAAAAGGGGACUCUUUGGGAGGGAGGACUGUACAAACUGAGAAUGCUCUUUAAGGAUGAUUACCCAUCUUCACCACCCAAGUGCAAGUUUGAGCCUCCAAUCUUCCAUCCAAACGUCUAUCCUUCAGGCACAGUGUGUCUGUCCAUACUGGAGGAAGAGAAGGAUUGGAGACCAGCCAUCACCAUCAAACAAAUAUUGUUGGGCAUCCAGGAGCUCCUGAAUGAGCCCAACAUUCAGGACCCAGCGCAGGCAGAGGCCUAUACGAUAUAUUGUCAAAACAGGAUGGACUACGAAAAACGUGUGAGGGCACAAGCUAAGAGAUUUGCUCCUGCAUAGAGCGGCACGUGCACAAUCUUAUAAAGAUAUUCUGCACAGAUGCCAAUCUGAUGCUCCAGAAUCCUUCACCACUCAAUGAAAACCCCAAAACUGCAGUUGAGAGUUGAAAUAAAGAUUUGUUCAAGCUGGCUUCAGCACAGAACUGAAUGAGAAUGGGUGCAAAACAAUUCUAAGAUGAAAGCAACCGAGACAAGUUAAUGUUGGCUGCUGAUCACUGACCAGUGUUUUAUAUAGUGAUGGUGAAAUCUUGUUUUGUUUAGGGUUUUUUUUUUUUCUGAUGAGGAAAAUUGUUGGUGAUCAGUCGCUAAGAAACAACUUUUACACAGAGCAGAGAUGGUAAAGUUUUCUGUGUAUAUAUAAAUAGUAUAAAAAUAUAAAAUUAUUUACUUUUAUUUACUUUUUUACUGUUUCAUUAUAGUAAUUAAAA